GAGCCGCAGCAGCGCUCUCCGUCAUGCCAGCCACGGGUCCCGUGCCGCCCGCCUCACCCCCUGUCCUCGGCCUCCUCCGAGAGCCCAUGUAUAACUGGCAGGCGACGAAGAGCUCUUUGAAGGAGCGCUUCGCCUUCCUCUUCAACAACGAGCUGCUCAGCGACGUCAGGUUUGUAGUGGGGAAGGGCAGGCAGGCCCAGAGGAUACCGGCCCAUAAAUUCGUCCUGGCCGCUGGCAGUGCCGUUUUUGAUGCCAUGUUCAACGGAGGCAUGGCCACCACCUCGGCUGAAAUAGAGCUGCCUGAUGUGGAGCCGGCAGCAUUUCUCGCCCUGCUCAGGUUCCUGUAUUCUGACGAGGUUCACAUUGGUCCAGAGACUGUGAUGACGACUCUGUAUACAGCUAAGAAGUAUGCAGUCCCUGCUCUGGAGGGUCACUGCGUGGAGUUCCUCACCAAGCACCUCAGAGCUGACAAUGCAUUCAUGCUCCUCACUCAGGCGAGGUUAUUUGAUGAGCCUCAACUUGCCAGUCUCUGCUUUGACACUAUAGACAAAAGCACAGCAGACGCAAUAAACGCAGAGGGAUUUACAGAUAUUGACCUUGAUACUUUAUGUGCAGUGCUCGAAAGAGACACACUCAGCAUCAGGGAGAACCGUCUGUUUAGGGCGGUAGUACGCUGGGCAGAGGCUGAGUGUUACAGGCAACAGCUUCCCCCAACCUCAGAGAACAAGCAGAAGGUUCUGGGGAAGGCACUCCCACUCAUCCGCUUCCCACUCAUGACUGUGGAAGAGUUCGCUGCAGGGCCUGCCCAGUCUGGGAUAUUGUUCGAUCGGGAGGUGGUAAAUCUGUUUUUACACUUUACAGUAAACCCCAAACCACGGGUCGACUACAUUGACAGGCCCCGCUGCUGCCUCAGGGGGGAGGAGUGUAGCAUUAAUAGGUUCCAGGAGGUUGAGAGUCGGUGGGGGUACAGUGGUACCAGCGACAGAAUCAGAUUCAAUGUUAGCAGAAGAAUAUCCAUAGUGGGUUUUGGCUUGUAUGGCUCGAUACACGGACCCACCGACUAUCAGGUCAACAUACAGAUCAUUGCGAGCGACAAGCGCAUUACACUGGGACAGAACGACACAGGGUUCAGCUGUGACGGCUCAGCGAGCACGUUCCGAGUGAUGUUCAAAGAACCUGUGGAAAUCCUACCUAGUGUCAGCUACACUGCAUGUGCCACAUUAAAGGGCCCAGAUUCACAUUAUGGCACAAAAGGGUUGAAGAAAGUGAUCCAGGAAUCAGCUACAGGGACCAAGACAACCUUUUUCUUUUUUAGUUCACCUGGAAAUAACAAUGGUACAUCAGUGGAAGACGGGCAGAUACCAGAGAUCAUCUACUACACCUAGACUUAACACGGUGUCAUGCAGGUACACUGAACCGGGGAGAACUCGGACUGCUGGGAAGACUGGACCGCUAAAGACACGUGGUGCCUCACGAUCCCUUGGAAUAAAGUGUGUGUGUGUGUGUGUACGUGUGCGUGCUGAAUGCUAUAUGUGCAUGUCUGUCUAUAUAAACAUGGUGUACAGACAUGAUCUGGAAUGUGCAAACACAGUUGUGGAGACAAAAUACAUCUCUAGUGUGACAAAAACUUUUUGGGCAUAAACUGCGUCAGUUGUAAAUGAUCUAAAGACUGAUGUUCUAUAUGUGUGUUAUUAAUAGUAAGCUCCCGGUACAGUGCAGUCAAACUGCAGCGACAACUGCCAUUUGUUGGUCGAUGCCAUUUAAUUUAGUUGUUUUGUCAGUUCUGGCUGAUGCAUUUCUUUAAAGUAUAAUAUUUGCAUUUUUUAUCGUGCACUGUUAUCAUUUAUUCAGUAGGUGUUUUCGUACUUUGUUUUUGCAUUGUAUUAAGGAUCUAUGUGUGUUAUGUAACUUUGCCGGUGGUACCUGCUUUAAUUUAUGACUUCAUAUUUACUUAGCACUUCAGUAAAAUGUCAAUUUAAAAAAGUAUAAAUAAAUGAUUGAAAAGUCUAUUUUUAAGUUUUUGGCAAUAAAAUGUGGUAAGACCAGAGUA